GACCUUGUAUACCAGCUUUCCGACGCCAUGGACGUCGAGCCCCACGCAAUCCGCGUCCUCAUCACUGGGUUUGGCCCCUUCCACAAAUUCAACGAGAACCCUUCCUGGAUGUCGGUGAAGCCGCUGCACAACACCGUGCUCUAUACCGAUCCGCCGGUCGACCUGGUUAUGCAGGACGAUCAGGCAAUCAUCACCGACGACAUGGAGGAGCCUCCGCGGCCCCAGCCCAUCCACAUCACCGCACUCGAGGUCCCCAUGUCCUAUCAGGCCGUGCUGGCGAUCACGCCAGGGCUUCACGCCCGCCCGCCCAUCCUCCCGCUCUCGAAUGACCCCGACUACGUUUUCCCCCCGCCGCCGCCAAACGGCUACGACUUUAUGUUCCAUGUGGGCCUCGCGGGACGAGGUCCGCUGCGUUUGGAGAAGCUCGCACACAAGAACGGAUACCGCAUGAAGGAUGCGGAUGGCCAGUACGCGCCGGCGGUGCUCCUGCCGAAGGACGUGUCGCGCGAUGAUGCCUUGGAGGACGGACGGAUGCAGCAGUUCCUGGGGAUGAUGGCGCAGCUGUCACAGCCACAUGGGUCCACUGUCGGCGAGGGGGUGUCGGACGGAGUGGAGAUCCCGCCCAAUCGCGGAUUUGGCAAGGGCUACGAGAACUUCCCGGACGAGAUCCACACGGAGAUCGACGUCGCGAAGCUCAUUCAGCACAUGAAGGAGGCGGGCAUCGAGUCGGCUUAUUCGUCCAUGGACGCGGGUCACUACCUCUCCGACUUCAUCUUCUACUGCUCGCUCGCAGAGGCAAAACGCAUGUCGUCACGGCAGGAGAAGUUCAAGGAUCGUGGAAGCCCGACAAAGAGCGCGCCGGUGCUGUCCAUGCAUUGUCCGCCUGUGGAUCAGCCGCUCGGCACGGAGGAAGUAACGGAGGCGAUCAAGAGGGUUGUGCUGUGGGUGUGCAGUCGAUUGCAUCAGUAG